UCGCGCCACCGGCCUCGCGCCGUUCCUUCACGGCUCUCGCCCGCCCUGGUCGCCACAAUAUACAAAGGAGAAAACUGACAAACAGGCUUUCAGGUUCUCAGGCUUUUUCAGGUUCUCACGCAAACAUUUCAGGUUCUCAGUUGACUAUAAUCACCUCUGACAGACUGGACAACCUGGUUACAUCAUGUUAGUGAUUUGGAAAAAAAUUAAAUUGCUACAUGUAACGUCAUGGUCAUCUCUUAGUUUUCUGUGUAUCUUUGUCCUUUCCCAGAUGUUUUGCAUGUCUUUGGCUCUUCUCUGUCCAGCAUCACCACUGGAUGUCAUAGUCAUAACUCUGCUGAUUAAAAUGGCUUUGACUCAGUGCCUAGAAAGAAAAUCCUCCACCGCAUCAAUAAGUGCUCUGGCGGCGGAGCAACACGCAAAUAGAGGCGUCACAGGCCAUGACUAAUUCAAACUUGCUGUGGGUUAUAAAACCUUAUUAUAACACUGAUUUGAAUUAGGCUGCUGGUGAAGGAAUCAGAGCCCCAUUCAACCUGUGUGCAUACUGCUGGUGCUCAGAUAGCUAAAUGUUUCCCCACUGAACUGAGGCACCGAAGGAGAAAAGCACGAGCGAGGUAUUAAAAUCAGUAUUCACAACUUGUUUUAAAGGGUGUUUUUAGAGCAUUCCUGUCCUUUAAAAAGCGGUAAAAAGCUGCUGACGCAAGUCAGUUUCUUGGUUUUCUGUCUAAGUUGAAUGAAUUUUGUUUUUAUCAGCUCAGACAUGAAUAUGAGGGGAAAUGUGAUGAAUUGAGUGUGAAAAAAGGGAGAGGAAUAGAGGUGGGGCAUAUAAAUAAAGUGAGGAAAUUUAUUUUGUAUUCCAGGUGACAUUUGAGAGACAGAUGGACGAUUUAAGACCAAUAGUGGCGAGCAGAAUUUGUUUUUAAUUUACCUUGUCCUCCUUGCCUGAUUCUAUCAGGGUUUGUCAUUCUUCAAAAUGGAAGAAUUGGCUCCCUUCUAAUUUGAAUUGAACUGUCUCUGUCUGUCUGUCUGUCUUUAUAUUGUUCUUUUGCUCUGUCUAUCCAUCCGUCAGUCCUUCUACCUAUCGCUCAUUUGUUCUAUUUAUCGUUCUAUCGUUCUAUCUAUCAUUCCACUUAACAUUAUAUCAUUCUAUUGAUUGUUCUACCAUUCAUUAUUCUUUGUAAGGCCUGUAACGGGCAAACUGUGCUUUUCUAGUUCAAAAAUAUAGCUAUGUGAACUUUGCAUAUUUCAUUCUUCACAAUUAUCAAAUUUGAAUUGCAAUCCUGCGCCUGGUUUGCUUCCUCAAUUCAAAUUCAGGAACUGAAUUGUUAUGUAAAAGGCAUUCUGAAUUCAAUUUUGAAUGCCACACAGCACUUGAUAUAGGCAUGUAUAUUAAAAGACUCAUAUAGCCUUUUAAUACUUUGAUAAAAACUGUAAGACUUGGGUUUGUAGCAUUUAUAAUGGUUCACAACACUGUAUCCAGUGUUUUAUUUAGUUAAUAUCUGUUACUUUAAGUGGCAUGUGUGUUUGUGGUACAGAGUGUAAAUAAGGACUCGCUCUUGCACUCUCUCUCUCUCUCUCUCUCUCUCUUUCUCUCUCUAUCACUCUCUCUGUCUCAUCUGUCGCUUUAAGGAAGCAUGAGGCAGGUUUAAUUUUUUAACGCUCCCGACCACGACGGCACCCAACGAGGAGAGAGAGAGAACAGAAAAGGGGGAGGGAAAAGAGGAAUGAGAGGGGUGGGUGUGAGGACAUGAAGAGAAGGAGGGCUUUUGAGUGAUCAGAAAAGAAGGAGGGUUCUGAGUGACAGAGAGGGAGGGCAGAAAAAGGUAAGGGGAGGGUUUACAAAGAGAUGGAAAGAGAGAACGAGGGAGUAAAGCAAAGCAUGUUGCCAGUGUUGGCUCCGUAACUCACUGUGAGCGGGGACGGGAGGGAGAGCAAAAAAGAGAGACGGAGAGUCACACAUUCACACACUCUCUCAAUCACUCUCAUACACACACACACACACACACACACACAUAAACUCUCUCAUUCUCACACAUAUUCAGAGGUGCCUUGCUAAGGAGACUCAGUUACGCUCGCCUGCAGGGGUGAGAAUACUUUCAGCAGUGAAAACAGAAGACAGGAGUGCUGGGACAGCCUAGAAGGGACCUUCUUUAAACGGGACCUUUACAGCAUGUGAAGCUGGACGAACAGAUAUGUGCAGCAUCUAUCCUUAACAUUCCUCCAUUUCAUCCCUCCAUCCGUGCCUCCCUCCCACCUCUCCUCUCAAGUGGUGUGAAGGACACGGAGCUACGGGUUCCUCAGCGCUCGCCGUCUGGUUGCCUUACGGGAGUCUGGGGGAGGCUUGGUGCUCCCCUCCGCUCUCCUGCACUCAUUCGUUCAUGAAUGUCACCUCUGUCUGCAGAAGCCGCUGGAAUUUACAAACCCUCUCUCGGGAGCUUGGGGAGAGGGAGAAUAGGGGAAUGGACUGAGAAGGGAAAGAACUUCCGAUUCCUUUCAUCGUUAUCCAUCUGAUCACCCACAGAUAUGAGGUCCAGGGUUGACGACACCAGUUUUUGACUUUUACUCAGCUUGUCUGUCUUUGUUUUUCUAUUUUUGCAAUCAUAGUGUCAUGGAUGCGAUACUUUGGAAUCAGGUAAUGGAGUUUCACUGAGAUUGUCUCAGGAUAUUGUUGCUUUUCUCCGUAGGAUCUGUAUUUUUUUUAGCUUGUUCGUUUUGUGCAUCCUUCUCUGUUUUACGGGGAUCCACUGAUAUGUGGAACCAUACGGAUAAAACGAUUGGACAUUUUAUGCCUUUUUUUCUGAACUCUCAAAAUGAUUUCUGAUCCAGGUGAAUUCUAAAGAUCGAUCCCAAACUAAAUUGUUGGAGGGACGUGAGAGGCCAGGGAUUCUAGGAGCUUGGAUCUGCAGGGAAUAGAGCUGGACAGAGAGAGGAUGGUGCUGCUGUGAUGGCUUACUUUUUUUUCAGAAUUCCAGUACGACUCCAUGGAUCAUCUGCUGACACUUUUCCAGUCCAUAUGCUGUGCAACGAGACCUGAAAUACAACAAAGAAUCCCAAAAACAACAGCUGCCGUUCAUCAGGAUCACAACAUCAGGAAUUCUGCGUUCCGGGGACUAUUUUGAUAGCCAAAGAAACAAAUAAAGUUUAUUGUGAACUUCACAAGUGUUUUGCCCCUCCCCCUUUUAACCCUCUAAACCAAGACCCUUUUUUGUUCCGCAUCCUGCAAGUUGUGACGCAUUCUCCCCUUGGUUAUUGUGGGAGACCCCGCUGUACUCCAAACAUCUGCCGUCUCCUGCUCCUCUUCUAAGUGGCCCUGGGUGAUCGGACAGGUGGGCAGCCCACUGACGCCCUCUGCGCCCCAAGGGUGAGCAGGGCACAGCAAAAUGGCUGCCCUCGCCAGCUCGCUGAUCCGACAGCGCAGGGAAGUCAAGGACCCCCAGGCCAACCGGCAGGUCUCCAACAAACGUAAGCCUUGUCCCAAGAGCAACAAGUCGCUCUGCCAGAAACAAAUCCUCAUCCUCAUCUCCAAAGUCCGGCUUUGCAGCAGUCGAGGAAGAAAGCUGGAAAAAAGACCCGAGCCUCAGCUGAAAGGUAUCGUCACACGUCUGUAUUGUCGGCACGGCUUCUACCUGCAGAUGUUACCCGAUGGCACCUUGGACGGCACAAAGGACGAAAGCAGCUCCUUUUUGCUAUUCAACUUGAUUCCUGUGGGUCUGAGGAUAGUUGCCAUCCAGAGCACCAAGACAGGACUCUACAUAGGCAUGAACAGUGAGGGAUACCUCUACACAUCAGAACAUUUCACACCAGAGUGUAAGUUUAAGGAGUGUGUAUUUGAGAACUAUUAUGUGACAUACUCCUCGAUCUUGUACCGCCAAACGCAGUCGGGUCGGGCCUGGUACAUUGGCAUUAACCGGGACGGACAGGUCAUGAAAGGAAAUCGUGUCAAAAAGACCAAAGGAGCAGCCCACUUCCUGCCCAAGCUCAUAGAGGUUGCCAUGUACAGAGAGCCAUCGCUACAUGAUGUUGCUGAGCAAAGCCCGCCUAGGAAAACAGCCAAAACCUCAGACUCGCCCGUCCAUAAAAACGGCAAGAAAGAACAACUGCUUACCGUCCCCACAGCAUCCUAGCGGCAGGAGAAGAAACGCUUCAUUUGCACGGACACGUCAUGAACGCCAACAGUGGCACAGGAGGUUUGGUACAAAAUGUUUUGUAGUCCCUUCAACGAUCCUCAGAACUUUGACAUUUCCAACAAUUCAUCAGGGCUCAAAAGACCCUUGCCGACAGGUCUAAUGCCCACCGCACUUCCUUUUUGGUCUCUCCCACUUCCUUAAUCAAGGGAAUACUGAGCAAUAAUAACCGUAAUGGUCUGGGGUCAGAAUGUGGCGGUGCCACUUUUGUGAGAACAGCAACACCUGAAAGAAAGGAUCUUCGUCUUCCUCUCCUUUUUUAGUAUUUCAAGAAGAAACACUUCUUCUUUGUGAAGCGAUUCGUGCUUGACAUUUAAACCCUUCCUUUUCCUUUGUUCAAGCAUUCAUAGAUCCCCCAAAUGUUUUUUUUUUUUUUUUUUUUUUACAGAGAUCCCCCGCCAUUUCUAAGCCUUGUUUGUAAUCUCCUCUCCCUUUUCUACCUCUUCUGCACUUUGAUUAGCUUGAGACACAGAGGCCAUUUUCCACUUCACAACACAGGAAAAGCCCCGCACACUCUCCGGGGGACCAUUAAGGAUGCCGCCAUAUUCACACACACACUUACACAAACCAAAUAACUAAAUAAAUAAAACUUCCCCUCC